CCCAAACGAGACGUAAACACACGUCAAUUACUCACUUCUUUGGGCGUAACCGUCUAAUUUAUUUGAAAUUGUUACUGAUAACCGAAAAUCAGAGCAGUACAUUCACCUAAUCUUAUAGGUGCGAUGCGCAGGGUACGAUUGUGUGAUUGACUUGACCACAAGUUGUAGAUAAGUGAUAUAACCAACAUCUUCAUUUGUCAAUUCUAGCCACAUGUUUGUUCCUGCUCCUAUUUAUUGUAAAACUUGUGUUAAGUGGUUUAGUGAUUAAACAGUUCCAAAAAUUCAAAGGAUAUAAUUUGAAUUGUACGACUUUUUUCAACACCAUUGAGCAAUGUUACCUGCAGUAUGUAUGGACCAAAACUACAAGAAACUCAUAGAAAUCCAAAGGACUUUGAAAUCGGCCUCCAAGCAUGAAAUUGAAGCAAUUUUGGAUAGUGGAUUUGACAUCAAUUAUGCCAUGCCACAAAACAGCAAGAAUAAUCUUGCAGGUUGUACGGCGUUACAUUUGGCUGUUAAUAAUUUUUCAAAUAAUCAACAAAGUGAAAUCAUUGAUUUACUUUUGAGUAAAGGUGCUGAUUUUACUCUUAAAAACAGUGAGGGCUUCACUCCAUUGCUCAUAAUUUAUAACUUUCUGUCGGGAACUCUUUCUGGAAUGGUUAUCACCACAAAUUUAAUCAAACAAUUACUGUUUGCUCACAUCAAAUAUCACAAUCCGUCGAAUCCAUGCUCUAAUGAGGGUAUCUCCCAUCUUCAUGUAGCAUGUAAGUCUGAUAAUGUAGAGGUGACAAAAUUCUUUUUGUGUUCUGGUGUAUCGGUCAACCAAAGUAUCAGCAAUAAUUCAAAAACCCUCGCUGGUUGUACUUGUUUGCACUUGGCAAUCUAUAACGGAAAUAAACAGAUGGUUGAGCUUCUAAUACAUUAUGGUGCUGAAUUAUGCCCAAAUACUGAUGGAAAAAAUCCGUUGCAUCUUAUUAUUGAGAAACAAAUGAAUGAUGCUUUGGUAUAUAUUUCACCUGCACAGCCCGAUAAGGAACUGAUAAAAAAUGAAAAUAUAUUAAAUUUGCUAUUGGUACCUAACGCAGACAAUUUAAAUCCAACGGACGGAUUUGGCUUGUCUCACUUUCAUGUUCGUUGCAUCAAAAAAAUUCAAAAUGAAUUACAAAUGUUGGAAACGUUAAUUGACAAUGGGGUGAAUAUCAACGCUGCACUGAGUUUUGAUUCUCCAUCGUGUCCAGGCUACACACCAUUGCACUUUGCUGCUAAGUGUAACUUUGAAACAUUGAUGUUGCUUUUAAAAAAAGGAGCCAACCUCAUGGCGAAGGAUAAACAUGGCGUAACUCCACUCGACGUAUGCACGACUAGAUGCAAUCCAUCUCAAGUAAGCCAAAUUUUAAAGACUCAGGAGUCACUGAAAUCAAUUAAACUUGAAAAUGGCACGUUGUUAAUUGACGUUAUCGCGGAAUUCAGCACAGAGGAGAAACUACACGAUUAUUUGAAAAUCAAUGACGUUAAUGCGCGUAUUCCAUUCGAUUCGAUCUUAUGGCCUGGCUGCACACUAUUUCAUCUAGCUGUUAUACUCUCGUCAUCAAGAGACACCUUUAAAAUCAAAGUGUGCUUGAGACACGGAGUCGAUGUAACUAUCCAAGAUGCCAACCAAAGGACCGCUCUUCACUUAGCCUUUCACUUGCAAAAAAGCGCCAGCUUCAUUCUUUACGCUCACGCAAGCACACUGGUGGAUCUCAUUGAUAAAGAUGGUUUAUCUCAUUUCCACAUAGCUUGUAUCUUUAACAACGUAAAAAUUGCAGAGAAAUUUCUCGUCAAUGGAGUGAAUCCGAAUACAGUCAUAAAGGCAAACAUUGAUAAUGUCAAGGGUUAUUGGUACGAUAAUCAUUUUAAAGACUCGACAGUCAUAAAUGGUUCCACACCCCUUCACAUCGCGGUAUUCGUUGAAUCAAAAGCAUUGGCGAAAUUACUUUUAAAACACCAUGCCAAUCCCCUUCUAACUAAUGCUUAUGGUCUGACUUGGAUGCAUAUAGCAUUUUUGAGCAAUCAAGACUUUAGCUUCAGGGAUUUGUAUUUCAAAUCUUGUGCUGGAGCUACUCAAGCCAAUCCUGUAGCUCCGGGUCAACUGUCUCACUUUCACAUAGCUUGUCAUUCGAAACAUUUGAAAGCAGUGCAAGCUCUGCUGCCCAUUGUUAAUGACAUCAAUGAGCCAAUAAAUGGCAAACUGAUGGAUUACAUAAAAAAACUUCCACAUAAUGUUUGCUUGGGAGAUACGCCACUGCACUUGGCAGUAGGAAAUCAUUCUGCGGAGAUAGUGGACCUCCUUUUGGAAAAUGGCGCAGAUGUGACGUUGAAAAAUGCCAAUGGCUUGAAGCCGCUUCACAUAGCUCUACAAAACUACAGUCGUGUAAGAUCACAGAACGCCAUCAUCCGUCGACUAUUUGAAUUUGAAAAACAGGUGGAUUGGCCCGAUAGUAUAGGCUUGACAGAAUUGCACAUUGCCUGUGCUCUGGAAGAUGAAUCCAUGAUGGAGACAUUGUUAAAAUCCGGGAAAAACCCUAACAGCCCCGUCAAAGUGGAUUCACAUGUAUGGCCUGGUUGGACGCCACUGCACGUUUUAGUGGAAGCUGGAUAUCCGAAGAAAGAUAAUACAGUUAAAUUAUUACUCAAGUAUAUCUUGCAAAGUUAUGAAAGCGCUGUUUUGGGUAGCCAACCGUUGCAUGGGUCACCCAAACGCCAAAAGAUAAUCUCGUUGCAUAAGGACGAACUGCUUGUGAAUUUACGGGGACUGUCGGUUUUUCACGUUAGUUGUAUGACGGGUGAUAUUGCUAUUGUGGAAAAAUUCAUCAGCUUAGGCGUCGACAUUAAUGAGCCCACGGAUGGUUACUAUGCCGGUGAUUUUGAUUUCACUCCACUGCUCUUUGCCCUAAAAUACAACAGAAAAAACGUGGUUGAACUGCUGUUGGAUCUUGGAGUUGAUAUAUACACCAAGGACCUCUAUGGUUACUCGGCAUUACGUGUAGCUGCAUUAAACAGUCCGGAUUUAUUGAAUUUGCUCCUCAGUAAAGGAAAAGACUUUGAGAUCGAAUCCAGCAAUGAUGAGUACGACGAACCCAGUGCAACCAUUUUUGAUUGGCUCAUUGAAAACAAUAAGGCAACCUGUAGCCACUUUUUGAAAAUUAUGAGUCAUAAAUCCAGGAUGGAGAGUCUCCGUGUGACUACUAAAAUGAAUCUCGCUACUCAGCUUGCUUUCAAUUUUCCUGCAAGUGAUUUUGAAACUUUAAUCCAGCACAUACCUAAUCUCACUGAUUUAGAUGAUGAUGGCCGCAAUGUUAUUUAUCACAUCGUUUCGUCUUCUCAAUUUCAAGACAUGAAAUCUAGUUACUUUGAUGAGUUCAGGACUAAAAUCGAUUUGCUCGAAAGCAUUGGUUGCGACAUUGAUCAUCAAGACAGUGAAGGACAAACGCUUCUCCAUUGCUUGGUAAACGAGAGUCCUCAAAGAACUAUUGAAUUUCUUUUAUCGAUCGGAGCAGACAUCAACAUUGUUGACAACAAUGAUGAAACCGCGGCAACUUUGGCACUAGAAUGCUACGACUUCAAUGCAUUCAGCGAGUACAUAGAUAGGCUCACAACAGCUGGUUUACACGUGGAUCCCUUGAACGGUGACCUUGGCACGGAGAAACCAUCCUUUACUUUAAAGCUGUCGAACGAACUUGAGACAAUGAAAAAUUUCACCAUUAUCGAUUCGUUUUCCUUGCGCGACGUUCUCACGGAAAAUAUGGUGCGAAAAUUCGCCAAAAUGCCGGGGCGUCAACGGCGCGCCAUCCUCGAGUACAUUCAGGACAGCGAUUUGCGACAAAAGUACCCAGGUUGGCUGCCAGUAUUCAAAUUUCAACGCAGAAGAGCUCUGAAGAUGGAAAAAUUGUACGAAUCUGCUUUCAUUUCACUACAAGACCUGUUGGACUCAAGAUUACCUGAACUCUGUAUUAAGCCCAUUAUGAUUUAUUUGGCCGAGAAGGAUUGGAGGAAUCUGACUCUAGUUAAAAAAUAAAGACUCAACUUGUUUGUAAGUAACAUUGAAUUCGUUAAUCCAUAAGCUGUGAUUGAAAAAUACUGUACUUCGAUGAUCCAUUCAUAGGAAUAAGUUACGAAAACGUUUUUUGUGUCCCGAAUAAAUAAAAAUCUUGUUUUUUGCGUGGAGAAACCAUAAUUUAAAAUCAGUUCCGCGUUAAUUGUUGGUAAAACAUGUUGUAAAUAAGUAACUAUCAUAGUCAAAGUUAUUUAUUUUUAUUGUAAUACAUUCGUUAUUAUCGUUACAUCAUUGAUAAAUUACUGUUUUCGCUACUAUAUUUACGCAUGGGCAUUUAUACAACAUGUUGUCUCUCCUUGUUACAAUCGUUGAAAUUUUUUUUUUUUUAGUGGCAAAACGUCUGUGUACUAUUUUGUUGGAAUAUUAACUUUAUCUUCACGAAAUAGUUGAGUCAUAGCACUAGCAUGUAACUGUUAAAGUUAAACACCUUUUAAAAAACACGUUUAGUAAGUAUGUAUUAAUGACUGCUUGCUACAUUUUUAAGUUUCUUUGAUGGCUACUUGCCUGUUUGUAUUAGUUUCGCAAUUGGUUUAAUACUCUUUUAAUUUUUUGCCACUUGCAAAGUUUGAAAUUACUGUACAGGUUUCUAAUACUUUAGUUCUCUGAUAAUUACACACCAUACUUUAUUUCACCAAUUAAUAACCAAGUUCUGCUAGUAUGUAAUACCCCUUUGCAGUUAUUGAACAGGGACUUACAUAGCGAAACUCAGGUCUUAAUGGCUAGUUAAGUUGGUUAUAAAAAUUUUUAAUCAAUCGACAGUUUAAUUUUGUACUUUUUAUGAUGGUUGAAAAUAAAUAUG